CGUGAAACCUGAAAUUCUCAAUAAUUACUCUUUUAAUAAAGAUCUCCGUUUGCCGUAGGAAUUAGAUAAUUUUCAAUUAAAUUUGUGAAUUUUAUUCGACGAAUUAAAAAUGUCAACACACCAAGGCCACCAUCCGGACAGAGAACUGGAUUUGUCCAACGCUGGAAGAGGAGUUUGGCUUGUAAAAGUACCGAAAUACAUAGCUGCGCGAUGGGACAGAGCGCCCGGCAACGUAGACGUCGGAAAACUCCGGAUUUCAAAAGUUCCUGGCCAAAAAACGCACGUGUCUCUUUCGCUAAGUCAAGCCGUUCUGGCGAUGAAGGAUGACGAGAAGAAAAAGAGCAAGGGUGACCCUGAAGACCUGGAAAUUCCUCAGAAUCACAUGCUGGACGUGUCGGCCGUGACUCGCCAAGCCCUGGGCGUGUUUUCGCACCAUUUGCCCACCAACUGCAACGACGUAGUCCCUGAAAGUGAGAAGCUGGUUUUUGAGGGCCAAAUAGUUCAAAAACUCGAAUGUAGACCUCAAGCAAACGAAAAGUACAUGAGCCUGAAGCUUGAUGCGAUCCGGAAAGCAGCCAUUCCGCACCGGACGGUGAAACAACUCGACAAGAUUGUCCAAAACUACAAACCGGUGUCCGACCACAAACACAAUAUCGAAUACGAGGAGAAGAAGAAGGCCGAGGGCAAAAAGGCCCGCGACGACCGAGACGCCGUGCAGGAAAUGCUGUUUUCGGCGUUCGAGAAGCACCAGUACUACAACAUCAAAGACUUGGUCAAAAUCACUCGGCAGCCGAUUGUGUACUUGAAGGAAAUCCUGAAAGACGUGUGCGUGUACAACCUGAAGAAUCCGCACAAGAACAUGUGGGAGCUGAAACCCGAGUACCGGCACUACAAGGACACGGACGCCCCGUCAACCUCCACCGACUGAUAAGCAUCUCUUAAUCAAGAUUGCAAUCUGAAACUCAAAGCACAGAUAAUAAAAUUGUCAAAAGUAUUUUUCAAUUGAAAGUCUGGACAUUUC